GAUAAGCCCUUUCAAAAUCAAAUCAACCCUUUUGCAAUGCAAAUCUGAGAUCGCAAGGAAAGGAAUCCGAAGGAAGGGAGAAAGUUGCUCCGGAGGCAUCUGCUUCUCUCCCGGAGGAGGCCAUUUUGGAACGAAAGAUCCCAUCUUGGAUCCGAGGUGGUGUGAUGUUUGGAAGCCUUGAAUUAAUAAGAAACUGCGAUUUCAUUUUGGGGAUUCACAAAUACACCUCUUUGGAAAUAGGAAAGAGAAUCCUCCAUGAUUGUUUUGGGAAAUGGCCCUGCAUGUCUUAAGUGGGCUGAAUUGUCAAGGGUAUUGGAAAAUUCAUUGUGAUGUGGCAAGCAGCUGAAUUUACUUGUAUAUAAGUCAACCAAUACCCACCAUAUGUAUUUCCUGGAACAGAGAAAAUUAUAUUCUUGACAGGCAAGGCCUAGAACAGCUCCAAGCCUGGAUGAGCCUUGAUUUAUGGAUAAGUUGCAAUUGUGGUUUCCUUGAGGAUUAAGCCAGCAACGGCUGCUUCUGAAGCCCUGCAAAUCAAGCUGAUGCUAGCGAGUUUCAAACACACAACCCUAGCCCGUUCUUUGCAACAGGAGCUGAACUUGAAGAAGCUCAGGUCCCAAGUUAUCUUUAGUUGAUCUGGCUGUAAGUACCCACUUCUGCUUUUUCUAAAAAAUAAAGUAAAAAAAAUAUUUAUUUAUUUAUUUUUCUUGGGCUUGGAGGCGUUCUCCAGAGAAGACUGUGCCAUGUUCUUCAGCAGAGCCAAGUCAUGGCUCCCCGGGCUGCCUUGGCGGCGAGGCAAGGUGAAGGACUUGAAAAAGCAGGUGGAGGAAGAGCCAGAGGGAAAACAGGAUUGCACGGUGCCUACCAAGGCCAAGUGGUGGAAUGGCCGCCGGCUCUUGGAAGCCAUUGGAUGGGGCCAACGUUCUGCUGCUGCAGAACACUCCCUAUUGGCUGGAAUCCCUCAGCAUCUCGCCCCCCACAAGCCGUCCGUUGAAUCGCCAGAACACUUCCAGAUCUGCUUCAACUUUGCUCGCCACCUCUUUGACUUGUGUGUGGUGACUUUGCUAUGCGCCUCCUCGCCGGCGUUCCGACUGGUUUUGGAUAUCCUGGGCUUUGGCGGUCCUCUUAAGGUCUGGCUCCAUGGCUCGGCCUGUUUCUUGGUCACCGCCUAUGGGAUGUACUUGGUGCUCUGGCUGGUGCAGGAGUAUCUCGUGCAGUUUGCCUGCCUCUAUGGCUUCCUACAGACUUUGGUUUUGUGCGUCAGCAUCCAGGCUGCAUCGUCUGAGCCCCAAGAGGAGUCAGAACAGGACACUGGCCCUGACGUGGCCAAGGCGGAGGAACUGUCGACAGCUGACACUUGCAAGCAAUAAGCUCAGCUAUGAGGAGGAAGGUGGCGUUGAGCCACCUCCCAAUGUUGAUCCACCUCCUGCAGCUGUUGGAGAAGAAUUGGGGGAUGGGAGCCACAGAGAUCAGCCAAGAUGGUUUCCACGAGGGAGGCAGAAAAAUGGACCCUUGUAUUUAGGAUGGCUGGACAGACCAAAAAAAAAAAGGGGGAAAAAGAAAAGCGAUGGUUUUGCAGUGUUCGUAUGUUUGCGAAAACGAGUAAGGUAACGGCUCAGGGAAUAAGACCUAGAAUGACAGAGCCUUUCCCUGUAGGUGGUUCCAAAUCCAGUAUGGGAAUGUUGACGAGGAGAGGAACCAUUAGGUGGGAGGGAAAUCCCUCCAGAAUAAAUCCUUGUCAAGUUGGCCUUGGAGAGCAGGAAUUAAGGAAGAGGACUGGGCUCAUCUACACUACAAAUGCAACACACUUCGGUCUCCCAGGUUUUCCUGUCAUGGCUGCCUGCUGAUGACCUUGGGAACAGAAGUUUUAUGUGUCAGAGGGAGGGACAGAGAUUGUUAGGUCCCUUCUUGUGUUUCUUUGAUGGAGGAGACCAGUGGUUUAAAUUUGUAGUAUUGACAUGCCCACAUACAGCAUGUUUGGCUGGCUGUUUCAAAGGUGAAUGGAAGAGCAACCAGCAUGUACCCAGCUCUUGCCAUCUACAUAGGCCUGUGAUUUCAUCUUGCCCUGGGCCCUUUGCCUGGCCUUCGCCAUCUUCCCUUCCACUAGGCCCCGUGUGAGCCAUCUGGAAUCAACCAUGGGAGAUAUCUGGGCUUUGAACUUGGAAAGUAAGCACUGCUUCCUGCAGUGACAGGUCAAGUCUGUGAGAGAAAAGGGCUGGCCCUUUGGAUAAGGCCUUUGGGGUUGGAUGGGAGAGGAAAACCUAGGAGGAACCAGAAGAUCGCAUUUCAUGGGGGCCAGAUGCAGUGUACCAGGGCCAGGGGAUGAAUCCAGUCCUGUCAUGGAGAAGUGGGACUGGAUGGAGGGAA